CUUCUUUUUGCCUGCUAACUUCCCACAUCCGCUAAUUAUUGUUGGAUCACCCGCUCUUUCGAAACUUUUGAUCUCUACCUUUCAUCUUCUUGUCUGCAUUCUUCCUUUCUUUCUUUCUGUUCACGCACGACAUUCUCUCUCUCUUUCUAAAUCAUGGGUUGUGUUCAAUCUACUGGCGUCGACAGCGAGGCCAAGGCUCGCAACGAUGAGAUUGAAAACCAACUCAGACGAGAUCGAAUGAUGGCAAAGAAUGAGAUUAAAAUGUUGCUGCUGGGAGCAGGAGAGUCAGGAAAGUCUACCGUCCUCAAGCAGAUGAAACUCAUCCAUCAUGGUGGCUAUAACGACUCUGAACGAGAUUCCUACAAGGAAAUAAUUUACUCCAACACCAUUCAGUCCAUGCGCGCCAUCCUCGAGGCUAUGCCUCAACUCGAUAUAUCUUUAUCACCACAGAAUGAUGCUCGUCGUGCCGUAAUUCUCGCUCUUCCUGGCCAGAUUGAGGGCGAUGUGCUCCCAAGAGAUGUCGCUGACGCCAUUCGAGGACUUUGGCGAGACUCAGGUGUCAAGGAGGCCGUUCGUCGCUCACGAGAGUUCCAGUUGAAUGAUUCUGCUGUCUACUACUUCAACGCAAUCGACCGCAUGUGCGGACCAGGGUACAUGCCGACGGAUCAAGAUAUCUUGCGGAGUAGAGUGAAGACGACUGGCAUCACUGAAACCACAUUCAAGGUCGGCGAACUUACGUACAAACUCUUUGAUGUCGGAGGUCAGCGGAGUGAACGUAAGAAGUGGAUUCACUGCUUCGAGAACGUCACAGCGUUGGUAUUUCUGGUAUCCUUGAGCGAGUACGAUCAGAUGUUGUAUGAAGAUGAGAGUGUUAAUCGCAUGCAAGAGGCUCUGACUCUCUUCGACUCAAUAUGCAAUUCACGGUGGUUUGUUAAGACAUCAAUUAUUUUGUUCUUGAACAAAAUCGAUCUGUUCGCUGAGAAACUCCCACAUUCACCGCUUGGUGACUACUUCCCAGACUACACGGGCGGCAACAACUAUGAUGCCGCUUGCGAUUAUUUGCUUCACCGCUUCGUUGCACUCAAUCAGAAUGCCGCGACCAAGCAAAUAUACGCCCAUUAUACUUGCGCAACGGAUACUCAACAAAUCAGAUUCGUGUUGAGUGCUAUUCAAGAUAUUCUGCUACAGAUUCAUCUUCGCGAGUGUGGCCUGCUGUGAUGGCAUCAUAGCGCCACUCUUCUCUCUUUGGUCUUUGUUUUACCCCAUGCAUCAUCUGCCUCUCGCGCAUGCAGUUCGCUCUACCAGCUUUCAUCGCAUCAGACAUUUACACCUCUACAUCUUGGUCAUCCAUCUCUCUUAUUUUGAGUUACGUCUAUCAUCGUUCUGUGCGCGCUUCUGAACAUACACGUACCAUGAUGGGUUCGUGGGAGUGUCUUAUAUCGCUGUGUCAAUUCCCUUUCCUCUCUCAUUUCCUUCUACCAAAACACGGAUCGACCAAAACCUAGUAUACCCUUCUUAUACGAUUCCUAUGUAAUUGGAGCUCUUAUCUUGACCGCUCAUUAAUUCUUUGUGAUUUGAAUUUAUCAAAAUUUCAGGCAACACA